CGUCUCGUUCCGGGAAAGGGAAGUUUACUCGAUAUAAUUUCAGCUAAGACGACUUCGAGGAGGAUAACAUACUUUGGCUGAGGUCCGACAGCUGCACAACUGGUACGAGACCGACGGCAGGUAUAUACUAAAAUUCUUUAUAAGGAGAAGAAAAUGCACUGAUGACUGGCUCCCGUCCCAAUCCCUGUCGAAUAAUGAUCAGAGAACUCUUCAUAGUGCGCCAUCCUGUCUCUCUGUGUGUACCUGUGAACUACAAAGUGACCCUAAGUGUCCGGGCUGAGGGCACAGGUAUCCUCCACUACCAGUGGUUCACUGAUGAUGAAAAAGAGGUGUGUGGUGGUACUCAAGCAGACCUAACCAUCACAGCAAAGAAAACACAACUCUACGUGUGCCGAGUGAAUGACCACUUUUGUAACUGUGUCUUUAGUGAAUGGGUUAAAGUGAAAGUUUUGGACAUUGAUAAAUCAGGUUUACCAGUACACUGGCAGGGUGAACCGCACAUUGCUGUCAACCCCAAACCCCAGACGGUGCGAAAAGGCGCAAAACUCACUCUCCGUUGCGUCGCCUUUGGCAUCCCCACUCCACACUAUCAGUGGUACAGAAAUGGACAGCCCCUUCUGGACAUGACUAGCGACACUCUGCAGUUUGACUGUGCAGCAGCCGAACAUGGAGGAUCGUACCUGUGCUCCAUAUCUAACGUGCUAGAGGAGAGAUGGACUGAACCCGUUAAUGUUGACAUUGUACAACCUGAUCAGCUUCCUCCGGCAGCACCCACAGCUACAGACAAAGUUGCCCUGCUUAUCGGCAACUUGAAUUACGCCCACCACCCCGGCUUGAUGGCCCCCAUCAUGGAUGUACAUGAGCUGGCCAACCUCCUGCAGCAGCUCGGCUUCAGGGUGGUUUCCCUGCUGGAUCUCACCAGGGAGGAGAUGCUAGCUGCCAUAGAAAAGUUCAUUCAGCUCCUUGACAGAGGAGUUUAUGGCCUUUUCUACUAUGCGGGUCAUGGGUAUGAGCGUGCUGGAAGGAAUUAUUUGGUAGCUAUUGAUGCUCCACAACCAUACCAACCUGAAAACUGUGUCUGCGUGCAGAGGGUCAUGCUCAGCAUGCAGCAGAGACGGACUGCACUGAGUGUAAUCCUAUUGGACACCUGUAGAAAAUGGUACAAUCAGGAUUGCAUACCUUCGGAAAUCAUGCCAUUGAAACCCAGUGGGAAUACUGUCUAUGGUUAUGCCACAUGUGAAGAUGCUGAGGCUUUCGAGGUCCAGGAUGGAGGGAAAAGUACUGGAAUCUUCACUAAGUACUUGAACAAGCACAUCCUUCAGUCCGAGAAGGUCACACAUGUCUUAGAGAAGGUGUCUGAGGAUCUAGGCAGAGACCCUUUGGUUACAGGCAAGCAGGCGGUGGAGAUCAAACACACCCUGAAGGAACCCAGAUCCCUUGCAGACCCAGUGCGGACCACCGGCCACACGAGGGAACUACACCUGCGAGAUGUCUGCUGGAGACAAGCAAAUGAGCUGCCAUGUAAGAAGCGGGUGAAGUUUCUCUGUGGAGUGGAAGUGGAAGUCAGCUUCUCUGCUUUGUUCUCUAAUGUCUUGGUGGCUUUUGCCACUGUAAAGACUACAGACCCCCGAACCCAGGACUGCACCGUCACUCUGAGCAGCAUACCUACAAUGGAAGACAUAUUUUCUGGCCCUGGCAGGUCUGAGGAGAUGGACUCACUGCUAUUUAAAAACUCUGAUAAUCCAGACUGCACUCUGAGGCUCUGCACUCUUCAGAGGCUUAAGGAAUCGCUGGUCAUCAAAGUGGAUCUACACUAUACUCACACAGACAGUAAGCUGCGCAAGACAGAAAGCUAUCAUGUGGACAUUGGAAAACCUCUGGUGGCGUCCUGUAAAUUGUACAAGAGGAGGAAUCAUGCAGCAACAGACAAAAAACACGAAGGUGCUUCUGCUCAAAGUAUGGGCAACAUUUCGAGCAGCAGACCACAGCUGCAUCAGACUCUGGCUGGUCCAUGUCGUCCUUUCACCAGAAAAGCAGAGUGCGCUGCUAAAGUUGCAGUUACAAGGAGCAACGAACCUGAAGAGAAUGAUGAGACUGAACUGCGAGACUUUGCUCAUCUGCAUUAGACCUCUCUGGUUUUGAUUCUGUAAAUACUUACUACUUUGAGAUGUUGAUGUUUUUAUUACUGAUGUGAUUAAGAAUUACUCAGUUGCUGAUCUUGUAUCUCACUUGUCUGUGAUUGAUGAUGAUGAAUGAGUGGGUGAAUGACUGAGAUUUGUGUUUAGUUUGUCAUAGCCCUCAAUUCUUGCUCAACACUGAAGAAACAUUAACACUUUUGCCAACCACUGAUUUCAUCAUAAACUGUAUGAUAAUUAAAAUAUUACUUAUAUAUGACACUUUUUCAUCAGUGGCAAGCUGGCUAGCCUAAUUUAUCAAAGAAAGACCAUUGCUGUAAUAAUUUAUCUAAUAAAGAGACUUUCAUCACUA